ACUCCUUUAGCACUUUCAGAAGAAGUAACAGCUCAUUUGAGUAGUCAAAUUGAAACAGAAAAAUCACAUUUCAGUUUAUUUUUUUCAUGGGAGUAACACAAUGGACUGGAUCAUCAGUGCUAUACUGUUCUUGGCAGUGUUAAAUGCUGCACUUUGUUUCAAUAUUGAUCCUGUGGCUUGGAAGACCCUGAGGAGCUCUGCUGCUGGUUUUGGCUACCAGGUGGUUCAAAGACAAUCAGAUUUGCUUGUCAGUGCCCCACUUGAACAGUAUUCACAAAACAGAAAGGGGAAAAUAUACAGGUGUACCAUCUCUGGAGAAAACUGCCUAAAUAUACAAUUUCGAGAGCCAAACUUUGCUAUCAACAUGUCUCUUGGUUUGACAAUGAAAAGUGAUCCUCGAACCCAAAAUGCUGUGGCAUGUGGUCCAACUAUUCCAAAGGACUGCAAAAGUAUCACCAUGUACAGUGGAGUCUGCUUUCAAAUAGACCGUUCCAAUAGAUUUGAGCGUCCCAUACCUUCUUCUGUCAAAGAAUGCCAGCUACAAGCAGACAUUGCCUUUCUGUUGGAUGGUUCAGGGAGUGUAUAUAGCGAAGAUUUUCAAACAAUGAAGACCUUUGUGAAAAAUCUGGUUCGGUCUUUUCUCUCAAGUGAUACAAAGUUUUCUGUUUCCCAGUUCUCUACUUCAUCAAAGGUCCAUUACUAUUUUGAUAAUUUUUUCUCAUCUGGAUCAUGGGACUCUAACAUUGACGGAAUAAAACAACUAGACCAAGCAACUUAUACCGCUGAGGCCAUCGAACAUGUUGUCCAAAAUGUUUUUACACCACGAAGAGGAUCCAGAUCAAAUGUAAAGAAGGUGCUGAUAGUAAUUACUGAUGGAGAAUCUCAUGACUCACAUCGCUUACCAUAUGUAGCAAUGCUAGCUGAGAGUAAAAAGAUUGUACGGUUUGCUAUUGGGGUGGGGAAUGCAUUUAAUAAACCUGCUGCAGAACAGGAACUGAAAACCAUUGCAUCGUCUCCGUCAGACAAACACGUGUUUCAAGUUAGGGACUUCAACGCCCUUGAAAUAAUAAGACAGAAUUUACAGGACAAAAUUUUCUCUAUCGAAGGAUCUCAAACCAGUGGAGAGUCACUGAAAAUGGAAAUGUCUCAAGAGGGAUUCAGUGCAGUUUAUGUGCCUGAGGGAAUUCAGAUGUCUAUUGUUGGUGCAAACCAGUGGAAGGGAGGCUACGUGCAAUACACAACAGGAGGCCAGAAGCUGAAAACAUAUGAGGAUGUGUUGUUUGAGCCUGACAGUUAUCUUGGUUACUCCAUGGCGAUUGCUAAAUCCUGGAGUGGCUCAGUGACAGUUAUUGGUGCUCCAAGAUAUAAACACAGAGGAGUUGUGGUUGCUGUUAACAGAGAUAGCUUUAGAUAUCAAAAGAUUGAGCCCUUUCCAUGGCAGUAUCAGACUGGUGAAUAUUUCGGGGCAGAGGUGUGUACCAUGGACAUAAAUAAUGAUGACAUCACUGAUCUAAUCUUCAUAUCAGCCCCAAUGUACAUGGAGCCUGAUAGAGAGGGAAGAGUUUAUGUUUGCAGAUUAACUGGUUUGUUUGUGGAGUGUAAUUUUGAUGAUCCAUUAGUACUAAGAGGACAUGCAGCUGUCAAAGGAAGGUUCGGCUCUUCUCUUGCUGUACUGCCUGAUCUAAACUCAGAUGGAUUCAGGGAUUUGGCAGUUGGAGCACCUUUGGAGAAUCAUGGUGAAGGCAGCAUCUACAUAUUUAAUGGUGAAGGAGGAGGAAGAAUCAGUCCUACUUACUCACAGAGAAUUACUGGCUCUGAGGUCCAGUCAGGACUGAAGUUCUUUGGCCUCACAAUCAGUCAGUCGUCUUUUGACCACAGUUUUGACGGACUGCCUGACUUAGCGGUGGGUUCAAAGGGCAAAGUUGUUUUAUUGAGAUCAAGACCCACAGUAAUGGUGAAAGCUGAGGUGUCAUUCAACCCAAACCAAAUCCCUACUCAGAAUGUAGACUGCUCAAAACCUUUGGAGAACACAGCUAAAAUCUGCUUCACCAUGAGCAGAGUGUCUGCAGUCAACACAGCUCAAGCAGUGAUUAAUUAUACUAUAACACUGGAUGCCACUCGUAAACCUCCAAACAACCGAGCUUAUGUCAGUGGGAAACAACAAGAACAAUCUGGAUCAGUAAUUGUGGUCUUAAGAAGACAACAGUGUUCAACUCUGAAGUUACUUAUUGAGGCCUGUCCAGAAGAUGCUCUUAGUGCUCUUUCCAAUGAGCUCAAAUUCACAUUUAAUGGUUUGUCCAUCAACAGAAAUCCCAGACCAAGUCUUUCCUCACAGGCUCAAACAACAACCAUUUAUCCUUUAGAGUUUGACAUCAACUGUGGCACUGACAACAAAUGUGUUGAUAACCUUAAAGUGGAUUUUACGUUCACCAGAUCCUCAGAGGUUAAAGUGGGCGUUGAUGAGCUUUUGGAGGUCACAGUCUCAGCGGAGAACAGAGGAGAAAACUCCUACAACAGUCGUGUUAUUCUCACGUACCCAGCUGGACUCUCCUACAGGAAGUUCACCAUUCAGCAGGGAAGAAUUGGGUGCAACUCUUUGGACAGUGAAGAUGGUUUAUCACGAGGAAGGACAGACUGCACUAUUGACAAGCCAAUUUUCAAAAGCAAAACUAAGGCUUCCUUCAUUGUCUCCUAUGGGAUUGACACCAACAGUCAACUUGAGAGGAAGAUCUUUGUCACUGCAAAUGCCACCAGUGGAAAUCAGCAGCAUGCCACUACAAAUGAACUCUAUAAAAAUAAAUCGAUUGAUGUGAGAUAUAGCAUUUUUACGACAUUUGAAAGCUCCCUCAGCUACAACAAUUUCACAUUUGGGAGGAGUGAUUUGCAGAAACCAGUCCAGCAAUCAAUUAAGAUUACAAAUGAUAUCAGAGCACUUAAUUUCACUGUGGUGAUCAGGGUUCCAGUGAAGCUUGGUAAAAAAGACAUUUGGGUGAAUUUGAUCAGUCUACAGAUUGCAGACUGUCAGAGAGGAAUUGACGAAGAACCACCUGUCAAAAAUUUUGUUCCUCAGACGAGAAAAAAUAAGGUGGUGGACUGCUCUGUAGCCAAGUGCAGAGUGUUCAAGUGCAACACUUUCAUGGGAAUACGGGAGAGUAGGAUGUAUGAAAUCUCUGCCAACCUCAGUUCAGGAUGGAUAGAGCAGAUUGGGCUUCAGUCUGCCAAAUUCCUCUUGACCAGCACUGCCAGUCUGGAGUAUGACAAAAACCAGUACAUCUACUUUUCAACAGGGUCUAACAACAAUCCUCCUGUUCACAAGAUUGAGGCAGAAGUAGAAGUGUAUCCUAAGCCAAAUUUCACCAAAGCGAUCAUUGGAGGAUCCCUGGGAGGGCUGGCUUUUCUAGCUUUACUCACCGCUAGCCUGUAUAAGGCUGGAUUUUUCAAGAGUAAAUACAAACAGAUGAUAAUUGAAAUUACAGAAGAUGAUCCAGGGACGGCUGCAGGUGCACCCUCAGCAGAGUAACAAAGAUGGCAUUUGUAGCUGUACAUUUAAUCUGAAUGACAGAUGUAGACCAUCCUGAUAUUUUCAGGGGUGAACAUGGUGUGUAGAAAUGUCCAUGUUACCGCAUUUGAUUAAUUAAACAGAAAACAGCUUGCUG